AACAAGACAGCUUUCACAUUGAUCUUGAUUGGUCCACUGUACUUCAAUAAUUUUAAUAAUCAUAAGAAGAACAAGUUGAUAAUUACAAUGAAGUAGAUUUGAAAGUGAGUGUUGGUGUUGUCACAACAAAAAUGAAGAUCUCAAAAUUUCAAACCUGUUUGUUGGUGGUGGUGUUGUUUAGUAGUAGUGUAGAAGAAAACAUAUUUGUAUUUUCAGAACAAAAUGUGGGAUUUUUCAUCUUUGGUGAUUCAAUUUUGGAUGCUGGAAACAACAAUUACAUCAACACCACUACCAAGUUUCAAGCCAAUUUCCCUCCAUAUGGCCUCACUUUCUUCCACAACCCCACCGGCAGGUUUUCCGACGGCCGUCUCAUUCCUGAUUUCAUCGCUGAGUAUGCAAAGUUGCCUCUGAUUAGGCCAUACUUAGAUCCUCACAACAAUCUCUACAUCCAUGGCGUCAACUUUGCUUCUGGUGGAAGUGGUGCUUUACUCGAGAGUCACCAAGGAUCGGCCAUAACACUUCAAACUCAGUUGAAGAAUUUCAUUGAAGUGGGGAAAUCAUUGAGGAAGAAGUUGGGAGAUAACAGAGCUCAAAACUUGCUCUCAAACUCAGUUUAUUUGAUCAGUACAGGAGGAAAUGAUUACAUAAGUCUUUUUGAAGGAGACUCCACUGCCUUUCAAAUCUAUACCCAAACACAAUAUGUGAAUAUGGUGAUUGGAAACCUCACCGCAGUGAUCCAGGAAAUAUACAAGAAUGGAGGAAGGAAAUUUGGGUUUGUGGGAGUGCCUUCUUUGGGUUGUAUGCCAAGGUUGAAGAUGUUGAAAGGAGAAGGACAUGGAAAGUGUGUAGAAGAGGCUUCUUCAAUAGUAAAUUUGCACAACAAAUUGCUUCCCAUUGCUCUACAAAGGCUUGCCACUCAACUCAAUGGAUUCAAAUAUGCUUUUGCUGAUGCCAACAAUUUGCUUCUACAAAGAAUACAAAACCCUUCCAAAUAUGGUUUCAAGGAAGUGGAGACAGCAUGUUGUGGGAGUGGAGAGUAUAGAGGAAUUUAUAGUUGUGGAGGAAAAAGAGGAGAAAAAGAGUUUAAAAUAUGUGAAGAUCCAACCAAAUAUUUGUUCUUUGAUUCAUAUCAUCCCAACCAAAAAGCUUAUGAGCAACUUGCAAGGCUCAUGUGGAGUGGAGAUGAACAAGUCAUUAAGCCUUAUAACCUCAAACAACUCUUUCAAUAUGGAUCACCUUUGUUGGCUUAUCAAUGAAAAUUACAACUAUAUUCUAUAAUGUCUUUUUCUCGUUUUUAGACACUUCUUUUCUUUUCCCUUUUUUUGAGUUUCUCCUUGGUAGAGAGUAUUUCUUUCUUGUGAAUUUUGAAUUUGAGUUGCCUAUGUUUAGCAUUAGAUCGUUUGCUUCUUCUAUUUUCGCCCAAGCAUACUAUUGUUAGAAUGAGAAAAAGUUUACCUUUUUAAUCUCUAAGUAUUGAAUCUUCUUAGUCUUGAGUUUUUAAAGAAUACAAAGAUUUGCUUUCAAAAUAAGUUUUCCAAAUAUACGUUUUUAGUUCGUCAAUUAUCUGAAGUCCAAGUGUAUUGACAAGUCUUUUAAAUCUAAGCUAACUUUGUCUUGAUCCCUUUUCAAGAAUUGUAGGGUUCGUUUAACAAUGUAUGUCUAUGAUUACUUUUGACACUUAGAUAAUGAAAAAUAAUUUUAUGUUCUUUUAACCUAUGUCUAGGACAAGGUCAACUUCUAUGUCUAAAUACUCUACCUAUACUAUAUUUCUCUUAUGAAAAUCGUGCUUUGUUUAACUCUUUCGAUAUCGAAGUCAAACAUUUUAUGAAAACUGUUUUUUUAACAUAAAAGUUUAUUGGUAUAAGAGUAAUCUAAAUAAACUAUUUACAACUUAACUUGAGAGAUACUUAACGUUAUUUACAACAUCGUUCUGAAAAUUAUUAUGAUUUUUACACAUGAAUGUUAGAACCAACCCAUCAGUGUCAUCAAUGUUACCAAUAUCUUCAUUAUUGACUAAAAUAGACCAAUGUAAACCAACAAUAUUCAAAGUCAGUUUUAGCUCAAAAUUAGUGUUGGUUGAUCGAUGAUGACCUAAUCCAUGUAAAUGAAAACCAUCUUUGAUGUCCAAUUUCGACGACGACCACCUCUGAAGACUACCUCCAUAGCCAACUACCACAAUCAUCUCCCGAAACCACUUAUAUAUGCAACUAACUCCAAGGGCCAAUUCAUGAUGAAUCUUUUAUAGUGUUUUAGUAACUCUUUAAUCGUACGACAAACCAAACAAAGUUGGUUCGUGUGAAUGCAUUUUUUAAAAAAUGUAACCACACACGAUUAGUUUUAUUUUAAUUUUUUUUAUAAAAGGUGUUUCAACAUUUUAAAAAAUAUUUUUUCCUAAUCGAUCCAAACACGCUCUAAUGUAUAAUUUGCUUCAUGAGUCUCAUCAAAGAUCGAACAAAAGAAAAAUUAUGGAUAUAUGAAAAGAAAAAUCAUUUAUAAAACUAAACUAGAGAUUAAGAUUUCAAAAAAAAUCUUACGAGGAAUCUUUUACGAUAAUUUAUACGUUCUAAUUCACUUCAUUUAAUAUAAUAACUCAAACUAAAAUAAUUUACUUUUCAAACACAAACUUUCUAAAGUUAGAUAAAGAUAAUUUGCACCCCAAACACAAAUUUUGUAAACAUAAACUAGAAUAGUCCACACUCCAAACACGAACUUUCUAAUUCUACCAACUAUUAUAACCAACUUCACAAACCAGCACUUAAAAAUUAAAAAGUAAUAAAAAUGAACUUUUGGAAGUUUUAGAGAGGAAAAAUAAUCUAAUUUAGGGGUAUUUCAAUAAUAUAACCUUUAAUAAAUGAUAUCAUUCAGUUCUUAACUUAGAUGAAUUCCACAACUCUUUCAAAUACAACUCUAAUGUCUAAUUAUUUUUUUUCUCCAUAUGCUUAGAAACUUAUAACCAUUCAACAUUUUAAGAUGAUGCACUGUAAUACUCUACACUAGACCAAACACACUUAUGAGAUGAGAUGAAGAACAAAUGGGACAGCCUUGAGUGAAACUGAAACAUGCCUUGAUACUUGAUAAAGAAGAUUACCCAGAAAUAAUGAAAGAAUCGAUUUUGUUU